AGUGAAAGUACAGCGGUCGUCAGAAGCCUGUCGGAGGGUCAGUGUGAGUUUGUAUGAAGAAGAACAGAAGACCACCAAUGAAGGAUUAUGGGUUUAAUCCUACAGAUGCUCGUGUGCACGUGUCUGUGUGCGGGUGUGUACGGUGUCUCUCAGAUAUCAUGGCUGCCCUGUCAGUUCACUGAUGAACAAGUGCUCCAAAAAGAGUUUACUGAGACGGAGCUCCUGUACAGACAGGUCAUCCUGCAGUUCGGUCAGCCGGGAGACCCCCCCGUCAACCCUCACGCCGUCACCUUCCUGGUCACCGCGUCGAAGCUGGACAUGCGCCGGUACCUGAAGGAAGCAGAGGAGGAGCAGCUGGACUGUGAGCUGAAGAGGUACAGCACAGAGGGAAUCCACGUCCGCUGGCCCGUCCUGGGAGCUCAUGGCUACAACUACUGGUUCAGCUGCACCAUCAGACACCGCGCAGAAGAGUUCACGGUCACCAGCUUCCUCAGACAGGCGUCCGACCAGCCGCCGCCAGGACAGCAGGACUACCGCAACUGGCCUGAGAUCACUGAUGGAGAGAUCCUCACCACCACAGUUGCCUUGGUGAUGAAGACCGAGACCCCCGUGGUGAGAGCCACGCUGGGGUCCCAGCAGAAGUUCCACUGCCACUUUGAUGUUGACCACAAGGGGCCGAACUUCACCGCAGAGUGGCACUUUCAGAAGCGAGGAACGAGGACCAAGCUGUUCAGCUACAGCAGCCGCUCGGGCCGGACCGAGGGCUCCGGGGUCAGCAAGAAGGGCCUGUCUGGAGGAGAGGCCUCAUUCACACACCAAUUCACCAGGGCCACCGACGAGGGGACCUUCCUGUGCUCGCUGUCGGUGAUGCCCAUAUUCGCAAGCGUGGAGAUAAAUCUGCGUGUAGAAGACCCUCCUCGGGUCUCCAUCAACGUGGGACCCACCCUCUCUCUGCAGGAGGGCGACGAGCGUAAGAUUGUGUGUGAGGCGGACGGCUACUACCCUCUGGACGUGGACAUCGUUUGGUACGAGCAGGAUCCAGCGGUCGCGGGCCAGAGGGUCGGCGCUCCCCUCCCCAAAAAGCUGCCGAACAUCCUGCUGUCCAGCCACAGACACAACAAGGACAUGACAUACACCAUGACGGCCUUCUUCUACCUGGAGGCGUCGCUCAUGGAUUCGGGGAAACAGUUUACGUGCAGCGUGUCCCACGUGUCGCUGAGAGCUCCCAUUAAGAAGAACUUCAUCCUGACUGUUAAAGAAUCUGUCAGCUGGAUGUUCGUCCUCUCAGUUGGCUUCAUUGUGAUCACGCUGUCGUCCCUGCUGGUGGUGAUGCUGUGCUACCUGUACUCAAUAAGGAAGAAGUCGUCUGAGAAGAAACCCUACUGAAUCUCAUCAGCACCAUUACCGGAAAACUGCGUCCUUCGCUUCUCCAUCCUCGUUCAUUUCUAUUGUACAAACCUUCAGAUGCUUGAUUUUGAUGUCUGGGUGGGAUUAUUUAAUGAGAUUGAUUUGAUACUGAUUGUCACUACUUAAUUUUGCACUAUUUCUGUAAACGGAACUUGUUCCUGCUUGGACAUUGAACAGCCUCAUCAAUCAGGACUGAUCCAUAUUUUUAUUAGAUAUUAUUAUUGUUUAUAUCAGGAUUGCUUGAAGGUUUUUUUUUCUUUUUCCGACAUAUUCAGCUUUUAGUUGGCAGCAUCAGUCAUCCAUGUAUCUUGGACAAGUCUUCUGGAUAUUACACGCUCACAUUUACAUCUAGGAUCAAUAUCCGGUCACCUGUUAUCACAGUGGUUCCCAGAUUUUUCAUUUUCCAACAUCUGUACUUUUUGGAUAUGUUGAAAAAAAUUUCUCUCCAUGCAAAAAAAAAAAAAAAAAAAAAAAAAAAAACCCCAGAACAAAA